AUGGUAACAGUGAGUGGAGUGCUGGUGUUUUUUGUGGUGUUUCUGCUGUCUAUACAGUUUCUGAAAUUGCAAUGGAUGCGAAGAGGACUUCCUCCUGGACCAACUCCAUAUCCCUUCUUUGGAAACCUGCUGGAGAUGAACUUCAGAAUUCAUCACGAGCACCUUAAAAAGAUGGCCAAAAUUCAUGGUAAUAUCUUCACCUUGUGGCUUGCAGACAUUCCUGCAGUUGUCCUGCAAGGGUUUCAGGCAGUGAAGGAAGGUCUGACUGUCCAUGCUGAAGAUGUUGCUGGAAGGCCCCUGAUCAGCACCUUUCAAAUGCUGACACAUGGAAAUGGUGUUAUGUUCUCUAAUGGUCACAUCUGGAAGCAGCAAAGACGUUUUGGACUUACAACAAUGAGGAAAAUGGGAGUAGGGAGAAAAGAGCAGGAGUGUCGACUCCAAGAGGAGGUCUGUAACUUGGUGGAAUACCUACAGAAUAUGAAAGGAAAGCCUCUGGACCCCACAAUGCCUGUUGUCCAUACUGUUGCCAAUGUGAUCUUUUUGGUGAUUUUUGGACAUGGCUUCUCCAGAGAUGAUGAAGAUUUUCACCGCUUGAUUGAAUCCACUGACACUCUAGCAGAAUUUUUGAACAGCACCUUUUUUUUUGCAUAUGAACUCUCUCCAUGGUUUGCAAGUUAUUUCCUAUCACCAUUUAAAAAGGUCAUGUCAUGCACAGAUUUUAUGAAGGCUCUAGUAGCCAAGGAAAUUGAAAGCCACAAAGCAAAAGGAAGAAAAGAUGAAAAUCAAUAUUUUAUUGAUUACUAUUUGGAUAAGAUACAUAAAACUAAAGGAGAUGCUGAUGCAACUUAUGAUGAAGAAAACUUGAUCCAGACUAUUUUUGACCUCUUUGUAGCAGGUACAGAAACUACAGCCACCACUUUACGUUGGGCAUUGCUCUAUAUGGUGCUUUAUCCUGACGUUCAAGAGAAAGUCCAGAAGGAGCUGGAUGCUGUUCUGGGUUGUUCCCGUGUAAUUUCCUAUGAGGACAGAAAAAAGUUGCCCUAUACAAACGCUGUAGUUCACGAGAUUCAGCGAUACAGUAAUAUACUCUUAAUUGCACUUCCCAGACAGAGUGUGAAGGACACGGAGCUGCUGGGAUAUCGUAUUCCAAAGAACACGAUUAUUUUAUCGAAUAUUGACUCUGUUCUGUCUGAUCCUGAAAAAUGGGAGACCCCCAAUCAGUUCAACCCAGGCCACUUUCUGGAUAAAGAUGGAAACUUUGUAAACAGAGAAGCAUUCUUACCAUUUGCAAUAGGGCAUCGUGUGUGUAUGGGGGAGCUGCUGGCAAGGAUGGAGCUGUUCAUUUUCUUUUCCACCCUGCUACAGGCAUUCAGGUUCACCCUGCCAGAAGGAGUGAAGGAAGUCAACACCAAGUUUGUUUUUGGGGCCACAAUGAAGCCACCUCCCUACAAGCUCUGUGCCAUUCCUCGAUAG